AUGAAAAAGAGUAUACAGACCUACUUACGGGAUUCUGGAUGGGAGAUGAAGGUGCAGAAUGCUGUGUAUGUUCAGUUAAAGAGGUCAGUAUUUUUUGGUUUUCAUCAGCAACAAAGUGACAUCCUCAGUUAAGCUAUAAAUUUAAAGCUUCUAAAAUCAAUUUUUUUUCAACUAAAAGACACCUACAUUGCAUCCUGUGAGCAGAGUCCCCCAUUAUCGUCUUGAGCAAGGAGGUGACAAGGAGGCUGUGCCAGAAUUGUGUAAAGCCUAAAGUUGAGGUUGCUGCAGUGCAAACUUCUGGACUAUAGUCAAAUUAUCUUGUUUUCUCUCAUUAAACUGUUUUUUCGGGUACAAGCAUCUGUUUACUGAUAACCGAUAGUCAUAACUGAGCCCACUGUAGCAAGCGCAUGGCUAUACUAAGCUUGGGUUCAAAACAUGGGUCCUAGCAACAUGCUGGGCAUGCUCAACAAAGAUCUUACUUGAUUCAUGGUGAGUCCUUUCUGAAUUCACCAAAAUGAAGCAAGCGAAAGAAACUCUGUGCUGGCAGGGUGCCUAAGAAGUUCAGUAAUGCUGCAACAAGGAUUAGUUGGCAAUAAUACAGUGUAUGUCACCAAUAGAACAUGGAUCAGUCUGCAUAGUACUGAUGUGGUUUUAUAACCAAAUGUGUUUUUGGUACUGUGGAUUUUCUUGGAGCAAUCUGCAUUAAGUCUCCUGUGUGAAAGCAAAGUUGUAAAUUUUAAGCCUGUACGUGUGUACACUGUAUAUAGUACCCCGUCAGACUAAUGGUAAGGGUCAGUAUGAUAGGUUGUAAUAAUUUCAUUUCCCUGCCCCUGACAUCCAACUCAGUGUUACAUAUUAAUUUUUAUCUGUCUACACUGAAGAUGCAGUCUGGUGAAUGUUCUAUGACACAGAUAGUACUGAUGUGUGCUCGAUCACAGACUUAAUUCAAAUGAUUACACAAUUACAAAGCCUAGGAGUUAUUUCAGAAUGUCAAUCUCGUGCCUGUAAAAUACAAUCCUUUUAUUGUAUUAAAAUAGAAACUUGUAGAUCACAUAACGUGCAUUAUUUUUCUUCCUUUUGCUUAAUGAUAAUUUGAAAAAAGAAGAUUGAGAUUAAUUCUUUAACCUAGACUGUACUUCUGUACAACACCACAAAUAUGUACCCACUGGAACAUGUAGAACCUAAUUUAGUUUUGAUUUCAUGUUGUCUAAACAUUAAUGUCCUGUCUAGCCUGUGCCAGGCUUUCAGAUAGUAUAGUGGGAAAGUAUUAAAAUGAGCAAAGCGAAAAUAAGACGCUUUUUCUGAAUGACUUUUCACCACUAUUUCGGAGCCUGGAUCAGGCUAUGUCCUGUCUGAAUCCUCAAAUUAAUGCACACAGUUAGUUUGCAGCUAUUUUCAUGUGCACUGUAAUUAGCAAAUUGAAUUACCUGUAGCCAGUUGUUACACCGGUAGUUAAGUUCCAAGUUUAAUCUCUUUUUAGUUUGCCAGAUGUAUCAUCCAUGCCAGAAACUUUACGGGGCCAAGUGAAGGAACCAUUAGCAUUCAUACGCAAGGCACAGAAAUUGUAA